AUGCCACGCUACCUAACCGUUGCAAUUCUUUUUCUUCUUACCGCAGAAACUUCGGGAGAACUUUUCGAUAAGUACUGCCUUCGUCCUCCAAAACUUGCCAAAGGAACUCUAAAGAACAGCAACAGAGAAUGUGAGGUUGCUUUCACAUUCAAGACGAGAAAUGACGAAGAAGCUGGUGACUUCUGUGAAAGUAUGGCACCAUAUUUCGUGAGAGAAUUCAAGCCUGGCCGAACAACUAUAUGCGUUUACGGUCCGAGUGCAAAGAGACCUAUGUUCGGGUGCGCAGAUGACGAGGCUGGCAUCGAAGAAACCUGCCUGAAAGUGAAAGGAUUCGACACUUACGAUAAGCAUGCUGAUGCAUGUGGAAAAAAUUACAAACUCCAUGAACUUAUCAGCGAGAAUGAGAGGAAGUGGGCAGCGCGUAAGUCACCCUUUUUCAGUCAUCUUCAUUGA